CUUAGCCUUCCAUCACAAAUUUAGAAGCGAAACCCUGCAGAGAAGUCCCGGAGAUCAGAAACCCUAGCCGUCGUCUCCUUCCUUUUCUCUCCCUGCGCCGCCUCUCCUCCUUCUCUCUCUUCGCCGCGUCUCUCCUCUCUCUCUCUCUCUUCGCCGCGCCUCCUUCUCUUUCUCUCGGCCGCGUCUCUCUCUCCUCGCCGUGAACAGCCGCGAGUGGUGGUGGUGGCCGCGUGGUGUCAGCGACUUCAGAUCCCGUUUCUCUUACUCUCUAUUCUCAGAUCCAGAUCCAGAUCUAGGCUAAGAACUAUAAGUGGAAAUGCCGACGGUAAGGAAGGAAAUGCACCUGAAACUCAUGGGACCAGAAACGGGACACACGGAGAUGUCGGAAAAGUAGACAUGUGUGUCCUAAACCCCGCGCCCUGGAACCCCGGUUGGAGAAUGGGGUGGGACGGGUGUUUCAAUUGGUAUCAGAGCCAGGUUAAGGUCCCUUAAUACUAACUUAAGGGAUCAGCAUUUCUCACCGUUGCCCAUUUUCCUUAUGGUUCUGUUCAAUCGUCAUAGCUAAUGUGGAAGGAGAUUUCGAACAGCUCCGAGUUUCCGGCCGAGAUCGGGUUAACAAAAAGUCUUCGUACUGCGGGUAGUGGAGUUUUAGAGGUUCAAGAAUGGGUAACAAGGAGUUGUAAGGCAAGUAUACAGAGGGAUUAGUCGCCUAGCACGUCAAGUCAAAGGGGUAAUGGAAAGCCGGACAUUCGAGCUGGAGGGAAGCGUCUCGCGGACGACACCGCCCCACACCGGGCCGGGGAGGCCGGGGAAGGAGAGACGGAUGCAAGGCCGAGGCGUGCGCAGCUUCAUGGAAGGAUUAAACCCUGCAAAGAAAUGGACUUCUGGCAUUCAGAUAUCACAGUGAAGCUUGUUCCCAGUAGAAAAAAAAAAAAAAAAGAAACAUGGGCGUGGGUCCCACCACCAGGGCGUGGGCCCGCCGACGCGGAAGGAGCAAACCAGGGCGACCAAGGGCGGACGGACGAGACAGUGGGAGAAAACCGAUUUCAGAUUAUGGGGACUAGGUUGAGGAUCAUCUUGGGGUAAAAAGGACGAUGGAGGAUCAUCCUGGGGUAAAAAGGAUGAUGGAGGAUCAUCUUGGGGUAAAAAGAAUGAUGGAGAGUCAUCAUGGAACAGAAUGCGGAAUGCUAAUAAGGAUAUGAGAUCUUCUUAGGGAAAAAGGGAUGAUAAGAACCACACCGGGAAUAUUAUAUGUUUAAGCAGCGCUAGUUUGAGAAUUGACUGAAAACUGCCAUCUAUGCAUGACUACUACUAUGUUCUGAUCAGGUCUUUGUUUUUACGCUGCAGGAUGUCUUCACCAGUGCAUCACGAGCUCGGAGAAAGACGCAUGCGCUAUGGACCAAAGGGGACAAGGGCUUACGCCCGCAAGCCCUACCGUGACGCUUGGGGCGAUGUGGUACCUGCAUUCUUCCCAGACGAAGAGGAAGUGGAGUUCGUGGAGCCGCCGAACGCCCCCAUCCAGGAGACGACCGUGAGGCGUCGGAUUCUGAUGCCCCAUUUCCAGCGGGCAGCCGAGUACAGGCGAUUGUACCAGGGUCAGGGUACUUUCCAGUUUGCACCGGAAGUGGACAUGACGCCGCCCACAAGGGGCCGAGGGCGCCCCAGGAAGACGGGGCCGACCAGGGAAGGUCCGGGACCGAUCCGGAUGGAGGACAGUGUACCAACGAGGAAGCGUGGACGCCCAAGGAAGAUUCCGAGCAUUGAUGCAGAGAGUCUGAGGAGAAUACCCGGAAUAUGUCAGUGUGGAACAUUGACGCAGGCCAGGCAAGGACCGCGCUCAGUCCGGGAGUACACAGAGGAAUUCCUGGAGUCAGCCAAAAGAUGCAAGCCCAAGUCAGCGGAGGAUUGGUGCCGGUGGUAUACGGCAGGACUCCGCGAGGAGAUUCGGGGCAAGCUGAUUGGUGUGUUGGAACCAUGGGAAUUCGCCUUGGUGAACCGGAUGGCCGGUCAGGCAAUGGAGGCGGAACGGACACUUGCUCGUCGGGUCGUCGCCAUCUCGAGCUCUGAGGAGGACGUAGAGGUGGAGGAGGAUCCAUCGGAGGACUCAGCAUGGGAAGAGGAGCCGGCGUCGUCGACGGGGAGUGGCCGUGUGGCUGGUCCUAAGCCGGACGGGGAGCAGAAGUCUCCAGUUCGAAGUGGCUAGCUGUGAUUCCAGAGUCAGCUAGUAGGAGUAGGACAUGGUUUUUCUUCUUUGGUUUUAGCUUUUUCCUUUCUUGUUAUAAGGGUAUUCGCGGAUUUUGGCGAUACCUUGAGACCUAUCUUUUUAUUGUAGUCCUACUCCAUUUCAUUUAUUAAAUUCAUUGUUGGUUUUAAAUGAUCUUGAGCAAGUAGGAUGUCAUUUCGUGCUUCCCUUGAUUGUGUUUGAAAACUCCCCUCGGGUUUUGGAUGUUAAGGUUUAAAGCCUGAAGAUUGGAAUUCGGGGCGAAUUCCGAUUAAGAGGGGGAGAAUUGUAACACCCCAAAACCCAAGUCCAAAAACUUUUUGUGGACAGGCCCGCUCUGCGGCCCAUUUGGAUUAAAAACCCUAGGGUUCCUUGCUUCCCCUAUAAAAGCAAGCCUCCACCCUUAGCCUUCCAUCACAAAUUUAGAAGCGAAGCCCUGCAGAGAAGUCCCGGAGAUCAGAAACCCUAGCCGUCGUCUCCUUCCUUUUCUCUCCCUGCGCCGCCUCUCCUCCUUCUCUCUCUUCGCCGCGUCUCUCCUCUCUCUCUCUCUCUUCGCCGCGCCUCCUUCUCUUUCUCUCGGCCGCGUCUCUCUCUCCUCGCCGUGAACAGCCGCGAGUGGUGGUGGUGGCCGCGUGGUGUCAGCGACUUCAGAUCCCGUUUCUCUUACUCUCUAUUCUCAGAUCCAGAUCCAGAUCUAGGCUAAGGUGAGGUGUUCUACCCAGAUCUCUUUCAUGUUCUUUUAUAUUGUUGAAUGUGGAUCUAGGAUUGAGUAGAUCCUGGUUGUUGUUAGGUUGAUAGACCAUGUUGCAUUAGAACUCUCGUACUGAUUUAAGAUUCUAAAUAAACUGAUUGAUUGUUUGAUUGUUUGAUUGAUGGAAGAUCCGUGGUUGUGAUUGAGAGCUAGGAUGGUUAGAAAGAAAUGAACGUAGGAUAAUAAGAGAACUGUUAACCGGUCUGGUUAGAUGAAUGAUAGGAUGCCUAUGAAUGAUUGCUGAAUGGAUUGAGUGUGACACCGAGAACGGGUGGCGUCUAGAAAAGGAAAGUAAGAAAGAGUCUAAGGGUUUAAGAAAAAAGGAAAUGAUAAGAAAAAGGAAAAGUUAUGAAAUGGAUACGAACCGCCGAGGGACUGGUGGGGAGUAUGGGAAAUGAAUAGAAAUGGAAUACGAACCACCGAGGGACUGGUGGGGAGUAUGGGAAAACGCGGCGGCCGUAGCGUUCAAAAACGGCAAGUAAGAAUAGAGGCGCCGGUAAGAUUGAGUCACGCCGAGUCUUGGCGGGAAGGGGUCGUAAGACACUGCAAGGGGUAUGGACUACAUCCAAGGGAACCGGAUGCCGGGUGUACCAGGGCAGGCGACCUCACAGGAACGCAGCAAGAAAGGGGAGGGUUGGUCCGCUUGAGCUGUGUAGGUCCUAGAGUUAUAGGAUGAAUGGAGUCUUAAAUAAUAAACCGAAUUGUGUGAAUUGAGCGAUGACUGAGUUCAUUGCACUGCUUGUUUUUGUGAAAUGAACUUUAAUAGUUGGUUAAGAAAUGUGUGUAGCGACUAGUCGGUUCUCGUUUCACAUUGAGCAGUAUAAAAGCUCAUGGGGGAGACUGGUCUAGAAUCGCUUCACUGAGUAUUAAUACUCACCCCUCUUUUCCCUCUUCCAUUCUUGCAGAACUAUAAGUGGAAAUGCCGACGGUAA